AUGUCUCGCAUGUGGGAGGUCGAUCCGGAGACAAGGACAAAGCUCCUCCAGAUCUCUAAGACAAACGGCAACGACCGGUGCUGCGAUUGCGGUGCGCCUUCGCCUCAAUGGGCAUCCCCUAAAUUCGGCACAUUCAUCUGCCUCAACUGCGCAGGCACACACCGCGGUCUGGGCGUCCACAUCUCCUUCGUCCGCUCAAUCACCAUGGACGCCUUCAAGCACGCCGAGAUCCAGCGCAUGGAGCUAGGCGGAAAUGAGCCGUGGAAGGCUUUCUACGACGAACACGAGAUCACCGUCUCUGAAGGCCGGACAUUCGAGGACUCAACCAUCAAAGAGCGAUACGAAGGCGAGGCGGGCGAGGAGUGGAAAGAGCGCUUGUCAUGCAAGGUUGAGGGGAAAGACUACGUUCCCGGUCAGGAGAAGAAGAAGAAUAUUGCCGCUGGCGUGUCACGAUCCAGUACGCCAAUGAGUGUGGGCACUGGCGGUGUUGGACCCGGCAGGACCGGGUCGCCUGCUUCAGGCAUGCAGCGCACGAGUAGUCUGAGGUCGGCUGGGCCGCCAAGCAAGAAGGAGCAGAACGAGGCUUAUUUCGCAAAGAUGGGCACGGAGAAUGCUACUCGAUCGGAUAAUCUGCCUCCCUCGCAGGGCGGAAAGUUCACUGGGUUCGGAGGUGGUAUGCCGCCGCCUUCAGCUGGGGAUCGUCGGUCUUCGCCAUUUGGAGGAUUCGGUGGCUUUGGAGGCUUCGGAGGAGGUGGUGGAAACCAGGCUCUUGACGAAUUUCAGAAAGAUCCCGUGGCUUCGAUUAGCAAGGGAUUGGGAUGGUUUGCGUCGGCUGUUGGGAAGGGUGCGAAGACUGUUAACGACUCAUAUCUUCAGCCGACUGCAAAGCAGCUCGCAGAGUCCGAUUUCGCAGCUCAGGCUCGUCUCCAGGCUGCUAAUUGGGGACAGAACUUGCAGACUGGUGCCCGGGGCGCGGCUGACCAAUUCAACCGUUUCGUUGAAGGAGAGGAAGGCCACGCUGGUGGUCAACGCUCCCGCGUCGAGCCUGAGCGUCGUGACUUCUGGGACGACUUCUCAACUAUCGCGUCGCAGGAGCAGCAAGCCGCUGGCCAUCGCCGUGGCGCCUCACGCUCCGAUGUUGUCGGAACAGCGGCUAUGCGGAAGACUCCCGCCACAGGCUCGUCAUUGGCAAACUCAUCCACCUCUAAUGCUGAGACUACCACUGCCCCGUCUGGGUUAGAAGGGACGGAGAGCGGUGCGACAUCAACCACCAAGGGGAAAGAUGACUGGGAUGAUAACUGGUAG